AUGAGUCAAAACGAUCGGCAACCAUCUUCUUCUCCUCCUCGACGGCCGCGCUGGAGAGACGAUGACGAUGUUCCACUCUCUGCUCUCCGCUCACAACGGAAGCGAGGGCGACGCAAACUGCGUGUUCUCGCCGGCGUCGUGUUGAGCUACGCGGCGGCAGGGGCCAAAGGCGCCGUUCAAGGUCAGCUCCUCGAUUUCCUCAAGUCCAAAUCCAUUGAGGAACUCAAUUCUCUGUCCUCUCAACUUUUCAGUUCUGUAUUAGCUGAUGGAAGUUCGUCCGGUGGGCCUCGAUUGUCGUUUGUUAACGGCGCCUGGAUUGAUCAAUCCCUCUUUUUUAAGCCCAAUUUCAAGAAAACUUCCGACGAGUUUUACCGGGCUUGUUCGACCCAGGUUGAUUUCCAGAACAAACCCGAUGAGGCUGGAAUUGAAGUGAAUAAUUGGGCUGACAACGAAACCAAUGGCCUCAUCAAAGACCUUAUUCCACCUGGCGCCGUAGACCAAAGUACAAGGUUGAUUCUUGCAAAUGCUCUGGAAUGGCAGUAUAUAAGUGUCUACGAAGGUUACAGAGUAUUGCGCCUCCCUUAUAAACAGGGCAAGAAACAGAGCCGAAGCUUCUCCAUGUACGUUUAUCUCCCUGAUGAUCCCCAUAAUGAUCUGAGUGAUGUGGUGGAAAAGAUCAGUUCUCAACCCGAAUUCGUCAACCGGCAUUUGCCGCGGAAGCAAGUUCCGGUUGGUGAUUUCCUAGUUCCAAAGUUUAAGGUUUCAUACGGGAUCGAAGCAUCAAGAAUCCUUAAGAGCUUGGGACUAAUUUUGCCUUUUACUUCAGGUUUCACUGACAUGGGAAGCGAAGAUGUUUUUGUUAGCCAGGUUUUCCACAAAUCCUUCAUUAAGGUUAAUGAAAAGGGUAUGGAAUAA